UUAUGAUCAACAGUAUAUUUAUUGUGAAUACUUCCCACGAUGUAAUUUUGGAAAAACAUUAUAAAUCAGUCAUUCAUCGUUCUGUUUGUGAUUAUUUUUUCGAUGUACAAAAACAGGCUUUAAAUAAAGAAGAUAUACCUCCAGUUAUUGUUUCUCCUCAUCAUUAUUUACAUGUUGUUUAUCACAAAAAUUUGUAUUUUUUGGCUGUUUGUUUAGUUGAAAGUUUGUUUGUUUUUUCCUUUCUUAAUGAUUACUAUUUAUUUUUAGCACCCCCUUUAAUGAUAAUUGAAAUGCUUAACAGAAUUGUUGCUAUUUUUACUGAAUAUUUUGAUGAAUGUUCUGAUACAACAAUUAAGGAUAACAUCGUUAUUGUUUUUGAAAUUUUAGAUGAAAUUCUCGACAAUGGAUACCCUUUAUGUACAGAAAUGAAUGUCUUACAAGAUCUUAUCAAGCCUCCUAAUUUUUUACGUUCUUUGAAAAAUCAUGUAACUGGAGAAACAAAUAUUUCGAAUGUUUUACCGACAGGACAAUUAUCUAAUGUUCCUUGGCGUAGAGCGGAUGUCAAAUAUGCAAACAAUGAAGCUUAUUUUGAUGUAAUUGAAGAAAUUGAUGCAAUAAUAGACAAACAGGGAGGGACAAUAUCUGCAGAAAUACAUGGAAGUAUAAAUUGUUGCUGUCGACUCUCUGGAAUGCCUGACCUUACAAUGACUUUUGCUAAUCCAAGAAUUUUGGAUGAUGUUUCGUUCCACCCUUGUGUUCGAUUCAAACGAUGGGAGACGGAACGUUUACUUUCUUUUAUUCCUCCUGAUGGAAAUUUUCGUCUUAUCUCCUAUAAUAUUAGUUCGCAAAGUGUCGUUGCUGUUCCCCUCUAUAUUAGACACAACAUUGUGCUAAAAAGUGGGGCAUCUGGCCGUUUUGAAAUUACCGUUGGUCCGAAACAAAGUAUGGGAAAAAUUUUGGAAGAUGUUAUAAUUGAAUGUCAAAUGCCAAAAGCUGUACAAAAUUGUAAUUUAUUGGCUAGUCAUGGAAAAUAUUCGUUUGAUCCAACAACAAAAUUGCUUCAAUGGACUAUUAAGAGGAUAGAAUUGGGAAGACCACCGACAUUGAAGGGAACGAUAUCAAUAGCCCCUUCAAGUAAAGGACAAUUAGAAACCCCUCCAAUAGUAGCGCAGUUUAAAAUCAAUCAAUUGGCAGUGUCUGGACUUAAAGUUAAUAGGUUGGAUAUGCAUGGAGAAGCUUAUAAACCUUUUAAAGGGGUGAAAUAUAUUACAAAAGCAGGAAAAUUUCAGUUCAGAACAGUUUAA